AUGGCUGUAACACAAGAAGUUGUGCUGAACUUUCUGCUGGAGCAGGGAGGAAAGGUGAAGAACUCCGAUCUGAUCAGAAGGUUUAAGGCUGCGGUGGAGUCUUCUAACCCUCAGGAGAAGGCAAACAACAGGGAACUGUUCAAGAAGUUUGUCAAUAACAUAGCAGUGGUUAAAGAUGAAGAGGGCACCAAGAUGGUGGUGCUAAAGAAGAAAUAUACCCACUUACUGGCAGGGGCACCAAGUACCUCAGUGCUGGAGGAAGAGGAGAUGGCCAGGUACAGCACAGAAGAUCCAACACUACUUGUACCUUUGACUAACAACAUAGAGGAGGGGGCUCCCAGCUGUCAGGAGACAAGGACUUCACAGCAGGAUCCAUCUGAACCAGAACCCAGACUAGAUGAGCUACAAGGUUCUGCUGAGACUACUCCUGAGACUACUCCUGAGACUACUCCUGAGACUACUCCUGAGACUACUCCUGAGACUACUCCUGAGACUACUCCUGAGACUACUCCUGAGACUACUCCUGAGACUACUCCUGAGACUACUGGCCAGCCUGAAACCAGCACCAUGUAUGAGGAGUAUACGGAAGACCUUAAUGGAGAUAAAAGGGAGUCUGUCUUUGACAUUGUGUCUAGAAUGGACAAUGCUGGACCUGUCCCUUUCCCCAAAUCGUGGUCUGAUACCCAGCCUAAAGAACAGGUGUAUAAGCCGCACAUGUUGCCAUUACGUUAUGCCCCUUCUUCGGAUGAAAUAUGCCAGGGUGAAGACCCUUCUCCACCAACGGCACUAACUAAAGCUCCUCAGGAAGCUUCAUUACCCAGGUCCCCCAAGGUGCCUAGGAGGCAACCUGAAGAUAUAGGCUCCAAGUCCCCCCAAAUCAAGAAGUCCUCCAAAAUGAUAAAAAUAAGCGAGGAGAACAAAUAUUCCGAGGUGGUGCCCAUGGAGCAAUCCGAACACGAGUGGAUGGUACAUUCCACCAAUGGUAGGUGGAAUCAUAAACUCCUUGGUCUUCUUAUGACUGACAGUGACUUGGCUGGUAAGAAAGACUUUAUAUCUGGAUAUACAGCAUUGCAUUGGGCAGCCAAGAGUGGCAAUUUGGAGAUGGUAAAAUUAUUGUUUGAACAAAGUUCGAGAAGUGGCAGUAACAUUAAUGUGAAUGUGAGGUCUUUUGGCGGGUAUACACCACUACAUAUAGCUGCUAUCCAUGAGUGUAAAGAUGUCAUCCUUUUGUUAACUAGCGUGUAUAAUGCAAACGUCCACAUCCGGGAUAACAGUGGCAGAAAGCCGUACCAUUACUUAAAGAAAAGUGCCCCCGUGCAGCUCCGGUUUAUUUUAAAGGAUCCCACUGUUUCAAAUCAAGAACAUGCUAUCCCAACGAAAAGAAACUCAAAGGUUGCUGCCUCUAUAUUGGGAACGACCAGCGCCUUCCUUGGUGUCCUUUCUGAUGACCUUGCAUUUCAUGACUUGACAAAAGGUCUCAAGAAGCCUGGAACUUUCAAUAAGUUCUUUACUGCACCCUCUGGGGUGAGGAAGAAGCUGAAGGCAAGGGACAGCUAUCCAUCCAUCUCUUCUCUUUGUGAAGAACCUGAGGAGCCUGAGGAAAUUGUGGGAAAGCGCAGACCUGUUUCUGAGUUUUUUAGCCACUAGUUGACUCUUAAAGGGGUUAUCCAGGACUGCAAAACUAGA